AUGAAGAACAAGGGUAACGAUGCACAGUUACUCAAUCGUGGACUGGAAACGUCUAAGCUUAUUGUGGCAUUUCAAGCUCCUUGGAAUGCUUCCCACCCACUUAGUGCCCAAAAGCUGGGCUCAGCUAUCCAGAUUGCCAUUGAUAAAGUCAAUUCAGACCCAUCUUACCUGGAUAACUACACCUUGGAUUUUGUUUAUGCUGAUUGCGGCUGUGAUGCCAAGAAGUCUGUCAAUGCUUUCAUCAAUCAGGUUCAGAAGCAGAACAUUUCGGCCCUGUUUGGACCUGUCUGCUCAGAAGCAGCUGAGGUUACUGGUUUGCUGGCUUCUCAUUGGAAUAUUCCCUGGUUUGGAUUUGUUGGCCAGGGUGCAAAGCUGGACAAUGCAGAUCUAUAUGACACCUAUGUCAAACUUGUCUCCCCUCUGCAAAGGAUAGGGGAAGUUCUGCAUAAAAGUCUACAGUAUUUUGGCUGGAAAUAUGUUGGAUUAUUUGGAGGUUCAUCUGAUGCUUCCACCGGGGAGAAAAUUGAUGAACUCUGGACGUCAGUCGAAAACCAACUCCAAGUCAAUAUCACUAUCACUGCUAAAGUCAGAUACAACACAGAAGAUCCAAGUCUCCACCAGGAAAACCUCAAGUACAUAUCGUCUGUUGCCAGAAUUAUUGUUUUAAUCUGCAGCUCUUCGGAUGUCAGGUCUAUUAUGCUAGAGGCCAAACUUCUAGGGCUGGUGAAUGGGAAAUUUGUGUUCUUCGUUUUGCAGCACUUUCAGGACGAUUUUUUGAAAGAGGCACUAAGCAGAGAGAAGAACAGCAGUGUGCUUGAAGCCUACCAACCAGUGUUUCUGAUUUCCCUCAACCCUUAUGGAGGAUACACUAUGUAUUCAGAUUUUCUGAAGCAGGUCUAUGAAAAACUGAAGGGACAGCCAUUUUACAGCUCACUUUCUUCAGAAGAAGAGGUGAGUUCUUACUCUGCUUACCUGCACGAUGCAGUCCUGCUUUAUGCCUUGUCCGUAAGGGAAAUAUUAAAAGAAGGGAAAGAUAUCAGUGAUGGACAGGCACUUGUCAACACUUUGAAAGGCUACAACAAAACCCGUUUGUACGGGGUUACUGGCCUGGUGUAUAUCGAUGAAUCAGGUGAGAGGUGGAUGGAGUACUCUGUAUAUUGUCUGCAGAAAGCUGGGAAUUCAUCACAGUUUGUUCCUAUUCUUAAUUAUGAUGUCAAGAGAAAAACAAUCAGCCCAACCACGGAAAUUGCCUACAUCAGCUGGCUGGCUGGCUUUCCUCCCAAAGACAGACCGUACUGUGGGUUUUAUAAUGAACAGUGUAAAACUUCAGUUAUAAGUACGCCAAUGACCGUUCUGAUUGUUGUCCUGUUGGUAACAGUCUCAGGAGCUGCCAGCAUAAUGAUGUUUUUAAAGAUCCAGGAAAGGAAGCUGCAAAAGCAAAUGGAUGACAUCUGGUGGAAAAUAAACUACAAUGAUAUUAUUAUGCUUAAAGAUCAUAAGGAUCAUUUUGAGUUAUCGCAAACAAGCACACCAGUGUCUAACGGACAAGAAAGCGUUGGGUCCAGUUUGAUAUUUUCAAACAAUUGGCGGUCUGGGUUGAAGGACAAGCAGGGGAAAGUUGUAUUUUAUACCACAAUAGGUCUUUACCAGGGAACUCUUGUUGCAAUCAGGUACAUUGAUAACCAAACAGAUGCCUGGAUUCGGAAACAGUCAGUCCUUCAUGAAGUUCAGAUGAUGCGCGAGUUGAGGCAUGAGAAUCUGGUGGCCUUCUUUGGUAUAUGCACUGAAAUUCCAAAUAUCUGUAUUAUUACAGAGUACUGCAAGAAAGGAAGCCUAAAGGACAUUUUGAACUCUGAUAUUGAAUUGGAUUGGGUAUUCAAACUCUCUCUCGCCUAUGAUAUAGUCAAUGGGAUGUUGUUUCUUCACAGAAGCUCAUUGAACUCCCAUGGAAAUCUGAAACCUACUAACUGUUUGGUGGAUAGUCGCAUGCAAGUGAAACUGUGUGGAUUUGGGCUAUGGGAGUUUAAGUACGGAAAGAAAUACCGAGUAAUUACUGAGAAAAAUACCAGCUAUGCAGAUCUCUAUUGGACAGCCCCAGAACUGCUCAGGAUGGGGGAAUUUCCAUUCCAUGGGACCCAAAAGGGGGAUGUCUACAGCUUUGCUAUAAUUAUGAGGGAGCUGAUUUAUAACAAUGAGGAUGGGCCGUUCCAAGACCUGAACAAGGAAGCAGAAGAGAUAAUAAACCGACUCAUGGACCCAACUGGGCUCGUCCCACUGCGGCCAUCCCUGUCAACAGAGAAAUGCAGUGAAAGGAUCAUUUCAAUGCUUAGAACUUGCUGGGAUGAAGAUCCAGCGAGAAGGCCAACAUUCUCCUCUGUGAAGAGAGGGUUAAGAGAUGCAAGCCCCGAAGGCCACAUCAGCAUCUUGGAUAACAUGGUAAACAAACUGGAAAAGUAUGCCAAUCACUUGGAGGAUGUGGUGGAAGAAAGGACAGCCCAGUUGGUGGCAGAGAAGAAAAAGACAGAUAAACUUUUGUCAGCAAUGUUGCCCAGCUUUAUCAGAGAGCAGCUUAUUGCUGGGAAAUCUGUGGAGCCUGAGAGUUUUGAUUCCGUGACCGUCUUCUUCUCAGAUAUUGUUGGAUUCACCAAUUUGUGUUCUCUCAGCAACCCCCUGCAAGUGGUUAAUCUCCUGAAUGACCUGUAUAGCCUGUUCGAUAACAUCAUUAAAACGUAUGAUGUAUACAAGGUUGAAACAAUUGGAGAUGCCUACAUGGUUGCCAGUGGCCUUCCCAUCCGCAAUGGAAUGAAGCAUGUUGAGGAAAUUGCUACAAUGUCUUUGCACUUCCUCAGUGCAAUGAUCCCUUUCAAGAUAGGGCACAUGCCCGAAGAGAAGCUGAAGCUGCGGAUUGGCAUUAACACAGGACCUGUUGUUGCAGGAGUGGUGGGAAUCACAAUGCCACGGUACUGCCUGUUUGGAGACACUGUUAAUACAGCAUCAAGGAUGGAAAGUACCAGUUUGCCUCUUCGAAUCCACGUCUCCACAACUACGGCUAAUGCCUUGCAAUCCAUCGGCGGGUAUGACUUGCAAGAAAGAGGGACCAUAACAGUAAAGGGAAAGGGAGAACAAAGAACAUUUUGGUUAAAAGGAAAAGCUGACCUUCACUUGGCUCUCCCAGAGUUCAAUGACGAAUUGUGA